CUCGCCUUCAGAGGCAAAUACAACCAUUUCGCAACGCCCGCGUUCGCCGACCACGACAGACAUUUUAGCGAACGGCACUGUGGCUGUCUUGAUCUCUUCAAUUGAUACCUAAAGACAGCUUCGCCGAAUUUAAACGCGACACUUACCGACACGAUGGCUCCGCCGCCCACGCGAAUGGCAACCACUGCCGCCACUGCCCUGGUUUCCCGCCAGGCCCUCCUCAGAGCCACCGCUGGCAGGACAUCAGCACCCGCAGCUUUUGCUCUUCAGCAAUGGAGGACGUACGCGACGCCGGCGGGGCCACCACCCAAGGGCUUCAGGCUUCCUCCUCCGGUUGAGUGGGAUCAAGAGAAGGAGGGCACCAUGGCCAAAGUCAGCAAGUACUUCCUGCUCUCCGAGAUGGGCAGGGGUAUGUACGUGCUGCUCGAGCAGUUCUUCAGGCCGCCUUACACUAUCUUCUACCCCUUCGAGAAGGGACCCAUCUCUCCCAGGUUCCGUGGUGAGCACGCUCUGCGAAGAUAUCCCUCCGGUGAGGAGCGUUGCAUUGCCUGCAAGCUCUGCGAGGCUGUCUGCCCUGCCCAGGCUAUUACGAUUGAGGCCGAGGAGCGUAUGGAUGGCUCGCGCCGCACAACCCGCUACGAUAUCGACAUGACCAAGUGCAUCUACUGUGGUUUCUGCCAGGAGUCAUGCCCAGUCGAUGCUAUUGUCGAGUCGCCCAACGCUGAAUAUGCCACUGAGACGAGGGAGGAGCUGUUGUACAACAAGGAAAAACUUCUUUCCAACGGUGACAAGUGGGAACCUGAACUUGCUGCUACUAUUCGGGCGGACUCGCCUUACAGGUAAUUUUAUCUACUGGGGUAUGGUAUAGAAUGGAUGGAUGACAUACAACGGUUCCAUCAGGGGUCUUUUUUGCAGAGGUAACCGUCUAGGAGCUGUAAAAAUAAAAACAAAUGAAAUUCUUUUUGUUGUUCAAACAGCCAG